CACCAGCCGCGCAGCGGAAAAAAAAUCUCCCCCCCCCUCCUCGGCUGCCGUGCGCUCUCGGGGACGGGGACGGGGACGGGGACCGGAUCCAACUGGCAGAGCCCGCCACCGAUCCCGGCACCAGCGGCCAUGGCCUCCGCGCUCAUCGCCGGCCGCCGCGCGCAGAGCCACCACUGGGGGGACAAUCGCGGCCCGCUCGCGCCCCCCGCCCCGAGCCCUAACCCCGGCCACCGCGCCCUCCCGCCCGCCGACGGCUCGAGGACGCACCACCCGCUGGCCUCGCCGGGGGUCGGCUACGUCACGCUCCGGCCGUCGGGGCUCACGCACCGCGAGGCCGGCGCGCUCCGGGACCGCCUCGCCGGCGAGCUCGGCCAGGUCCGCGACCUCCUCUCCCGCAUCGACGCGUGGCAGCAGGAGCUGGAGCUCGAGCAGCAGCGGCAGCCGCAGCCGCGGCGGGGCCAGCCGAGGGAGGACGGCCUCCCCGCGCCCCCGCCGAAGCUCCGGGCGGCGAUGCGGAAGCGGUGCGCGCAGAUCCUGUCCAAGCUGCGCAAGGACAAGCGGAGCAUCUGGUUCAACGCGCCCGUCGAGGUCGAGACCCUCGGCCUCCACGACUACCACGCCGUCAUCAAGAGCCCCAUGGACCUCGGCACCGUCAAGGCCAACCUCGCCGCCAGGAACUACCCCUCGCACGACGCCUUCGCCGCCGACGUCCGCCUCACCUUCGCCAACGCGCUGCGGUACAACCCGGCCGGCCACACCGUCCACACCUUCGCCGGCGACCUCCUCGCCUCGUUCGAGAAGAUGUACGCUGCGGCCGUCUCUUGGUUCGAGGAGGAAUGCAGACGCCUUCCAUCACUGGUGCCGGUGCCAGUGCCAUUGCCAGUUCCAGCGGAACUGCCACCUCCGGUGGUCCCACUCCCAGCACAGGUCAAGCCGAGGGCGGUGAGGAUGCCGAAACCCAAGGCGAGGGAGCUGAACAAGAGGCAGAUGAGCUUGGAGGAGAAGAACAUGCUUAGGGCGGGGCUGGAGAGCUUACCUGAAGAGAAGAUGCAUAACGUGCUGCAGAUUGUGCGCAAGAGGAAUGUCAAUAACCCGGAGCUGCUUGGGGAUGAGAUUGAGCUGGAUAUCGAUGAAAUGGACAUCGAGACGCAGUGGGAGCUUGAUCGAUUCGUCAACAACUUCAACAAGGCGCUCAAAAAGAGCCGACGAGCUGCAAUGAUAAAUGGGGGCAUUGCUGAUGUCAACAAUGCUGAUGGAGCUGGAGCUGUGAAUGGUGCUGUGCCUAUUUUGGUUGACCAUGCUGAUGUGGAGAGCGAGAAUCCUGAGAACACUGUAGUGCCUGAGCAGGUGGAUGAGUAUGUAGAUAUUGAUGACGAGAUGCCAACCGCAACUUACCAAUCAGUGGAGAUCGAGAAGGGCGCUGAGGCCACGAGUGUCUCUGGUGGUUCGGGAAGUGGUUCUUCAUCAUCCAGUUCAGGGUCAGGGAGCUCAGGGGACAGCGCCUCAGAAGCUGGCGAUGCUCGUUCUCUUGUUUAGAGGAGGUUGUUCUAACAGUAGGAUUUGAGUAGGUGGAGGAUGUGAGUACUUAUUUCUGGGAUGUUCAUGUCUGCUUGGAUUUAGUUAACUUAGUUCCUAGUGAAUGGCUGGCUUUGUGGGUAAUCUGAUAGCUCAGCUCGACUAUGUCUAUAGAAGUGAAAAGUGGAGGGUACCUAGUCAUGUUGUAGUUCAUCUGGCCUUCUAUCUGAAGGUGGCUUUUGUAUUGAUGUGUUUUCUCUAGCACAUCUGUUGUGUACUAAUGCUUAUGGGCGACAUAACUAUCGCAUUAGAGUAAGAAAAUGUUGAAAUCAUGGUUUC